AUGGGUCUCGCCGGCACCAAAAACAAGAGAAAAUGGGCCAAAGACCCUAACAACACCAACUGGUCCCGCAACACCGACACGUUCGGGCACAAGAUCCUACGGUCCCAGGGUUGGGCCCCAGGCCAGUAUCUGGGUGCUGAGAAUGCGUCGCACUCCGAGUACUACGGCGCAGCGAACGCCACCCACAUCCGCGCUGUGUUGAAGGAUGAUAGUCUCGGACUGGGCGCCAAGCGCAACCAGGGAGAUGAGUGCACCGGCCUGGACGCACUGCAGGACCUGCUCUCCAGGCUGAACGGCAAGAGCGACGAGUCAUUGGGCGAGGAAAAGAAGAAGAGGGAGGACCUGAAGAUCAACAAGUACCUGCACCGGAAACUGGGCACAGUGACCUUCGUCUACGGCGGAUUGCUCGUCGGCGACAAGGUUCAGGAGCUGGCAGACUCCAUGAAGGACAAGAAGCAGGACGCAGCACAAGUCCCUGGAGUUUCAGAGUCAGAGGAGGCGUCUGGAGAGUCAAGCGAGGCCGAAAAGAAAGAAAAGAAGAAGGGCAAAAAGAGGAAGGCCGAGGAUGCAGAGGGUGCACAAUCGAACUCGAAGAAAGACAAAAAAUCCAAGAGACGCAAGUCCGAGGAUGAGGACGAGGACUCAAAGUCAAAACGCAAGGAAAAGAAGGACAAGAAGAGGAGGAAAGAGAAGGACGCUUCAGAUAAGGACGAGGAUUCAAGCCCAGACGACGCCGAUGAGGAGGCCGCAGACCGCAAGAAGGCCAAGAAAGAGAAGAAGGAGAGGCGCAGGAAAUCAAAGCUCGAGAAUGAAGACGAGGAUGCGGCGGGCGCGUCAGAUUCAAAAUCUAAGAAGAGCAAGAAGAAGAGGAAAGCAGCCGAUGAGGAGCCCACACCACAGCCCACACAGUUGUCAACACCAGCCGCCAGCGGAACGUCGACACCUUCCAUUCCAACACGACAUCUCGCCAGAUCAAGAUUCAUAGCCCAAAAGCGUGCAGCCGUGAUGGAUCAAGCAGCCCUGAACCAGAUCUUCAUGAUCAAGACCUGA